AUGUCUGGCUGGGGCCUGGGCUGGUUUGGCGGGGCCUCCGCUCAGAAGCAGAAGAAUGCCCCCAAGAACGCCAUCCUCGGGCUUCGGUCACAGCUCGACAUGCUGCAGAAGCGCGAGAAGCACCUGCAAAACCAGAUGGAUGAGCAAGAUGGCCUGGCCCGGAAAUACGUCACCACAAACAACAAGACUGCCGCAAAGACCGCACUGAAACGCAAGAAGCAGCACGAACACAGCCUCGAGCAGACUCAAGCGCAGAUCGGAACGUUAGAGCAACAAAUAAAUGCCAUCGAGUCGGCCAACAUCAACAAGGAGACUCUCCUGGCGAUGGAGAAGGCCAGCGAGGCGAUGAAGCAAAUACAUGGCAAGCUCACGCCCGAGAAGGUGGACGAGACAAUGGACAAGCUACGGGAGCAAAACGCGCUCAGCGAAGAGAUCGUCAACGCCAUCACGAGCAACCAAAUCGGAGAGCCCAUCGACGAGGGGGACCUCGAGGCGGAACUGGACGAAUUACAGCAGGAGCAGCUGGACGAGCAGAUGCUCAAGACUGGAACAGUGCCGGUGUCGGAUCAGAUCCAGCGGGUCCCCGCCGCACCCCAAGACAUCAAGGGCAAGACGCCGGUUGCGGCACAGGAGGACGACGAAGAGGAAGAGCUGCGGAAGCUGCAAGCCGAAAUGGCCAUGUGA